CCCUUUCCUGCUUUUGUCUCAUUGUAUAAUAGACUGUGUUUCUGUCUUCAAGGGCUCUUUCAUCUUUUGCAUGCUACACACCCCUGCAUCGUUCUUGAGCUGCUGUGCUCGGCUUGCUCUGGCUAAGUGAAAGUCUCGUUUAGAGUCAGUUUGGUUUGUUAAGACAAACUGACCUGAAUUGGGACCAGGAAAGAGACCUUUCUUCACAGGUUUGGAUCCCGCACACACCCAUGUCCUCCAAAGCACCAGUUCAUUCAGAAACAGAAGACACAGCGAAGGGAAAAACACUCAUACCAUGCUGUUGUAACAGUUACCUGAACAGGGACAAGCUGAGUCCUUCUUCCUAGGACACCUAUUUCUCUCUCUCACACACACACACACACACACACUGCUGUACAAUGACCUGUGUGGAGACAUGGAGAACAAGCUGGGCAUACCCCACCACUCUGCUGUGUGUCUACGGUUUCUUCACUACAGUCAAACCUUUGGAACCGUUCCUCACUCCUUUCCUCACUGGACCUGACAAGAACCUGACCAUAGAACAGUUGACCAAUCAGAUCUUCCCAGUGUCAACCUACUCCUACCUGGCAGUCCUAGUGCCUGUUUUCCUGCUCACCGAUUGGCUGCGCUACAAACCUGUGAUGGUGUUCCAGUGCUCCGCCCUGCUUGUGGUGACUGCUAUGCUGCUAUGGCUGAAGAGUGUGGCGGAGAUGCAAGCCACGCAGUUCUUCUACGGCGUGGUGAUGGCCAGCGAUGUGGCCUACUACGCCUACAUCUACAGUGUGGUGGAACUCCAGCACUACCGCAAGGCCACUUCCUUCUGCCGCGCGGCCCAACUCAUGGGCUACACAGUGGGCUCAGUGCUAGGCCAGCUCCUGGUCUCGUUCGGCCUGCUGUCUUACCACUACAUACUGGUAAUCACUCUGGUGCUCACCGCACUGGCAUGGGGGGUCUCCUGGCUCCUUCCUAUGCCCCAGAGAAGCAUGUUCUUCCACCGAAGACGAAAGAGCGAAGGCAGAGGUGGGACAGAGCAUGAGGAAGAUGGAGAUGACCACCCCGUCACAGAUGUCCCCAAAACAGAGGACAUCAAUCCAAAUCAUUCACCCUCUCCAGAAGACACUUCCUACAUAACAGCUCCUGCUGACUUGGCUACACUUCAGAGAGCAGACACCAGGGGGCGCUCUCCUAGCAUCCUCACAGAGAGUACAGUCAGCGGUGGAACUAGUGUGUGUGAGAGUCCUGCAGAUCCUGCCGGUGGUGGAGCUAGCUGCGUGGGGGUGCUGGCUCAGCUGUGGAAGGACUUCCUGCAGUGCUACUCCACCCCGGGCCUUCUGCGCUGGUCCCUGUGGUGGGCUCUUGCCACCUGUGGUUACAACCAGAUCCUCAACUAUGUGCAGGUGCUGUGGGAACACAUAGAACCAUCCAGCAACUUCACCGUCUACAAUGGCGGUGUGGAGGCAGUCUCCAAUCUGUUUGGUGCUGCUACUGCCUAUGGUAUCGGCUUCACACAGGUGAAUUGGCACCAGUGGGGUGAGUUGGCACUGGGCUCCUUCUCGGCGAUGGGUGGCGGUGCCCUCUACCUGAUGGUUUUCUCCGGAAACAUCUGGGUAUGCUACUGUGGAUACGUGGUCUUCAAGUGCCUCUACAUGCUGCUCAUCACCAUAGCAAUGUUCCAGAUUGCGGCAGAUUUAUCAAUGGAGCGUUAUGCCCUGAUCUUUGGGGCAAACAACUUUGGUGGCCUGGUCCUCCAAACGGUCAUCACUUUGGUGGUGGUGGACAGCCGAGGCCUGGGCUUGGACAUAGUCACACAAUUCAUCGUCUACGCAAGCUACUUCUGCUUCAUCGCUCUAGUGUUCUUUGUCUGGGGCCUGUACAUCUCGCUCCGCUGCAGAAGACACAAGGACCCUCCCAAGCAGGCUGUGGCCACACACACGGACACACACUCCGGGGCGGAACACAAGUUCUGAUUCGGUUCAGAAACACAUGCCACUCAAGCUCAAGCUUUCCAGGCACCAGUCAGUUAAACAGACGCUGGUGCCAUCUUCAAUUUUUGCACAGGCUCUAAGCCAGUCUUCCCUGCAGUGUUGCCUUCCGCUACGUGCCAUGCUAGUACACAAUCUUAGUAUACUACACUCGUAUAAUGACUGAAAACAAGGCAUCGGAGGCAAUCUGUGGAACCAGAAACAGGAGAGAGAUCAUGGUAAUAUCCUACAACUACACUGAGUGUGGUGGACAGUGGCAAUGUACUGGAGAGUGAUGGGGGAUUUUCCCAAUACAGGGUACACGGCUCUGAUGGUGUACGAAGGCAGAUGUGUGGAAUUAAGUUUUGCAUUCCUGGCCCACACAAAAUGGGUAAAAGUUGAAUUCAACCUGGAUGCAAGCAUUCAAAAUAGUAAAAAAUAAAAAAGUUUGCAUUUCUGGGAUAUACCCUGACAAAUGAGACAGCCUUCCAUGACUUUACAGAGAACUAUUGCCAACCUGACCUGUAGCAGGUCUUCUGCAACGCCCCUAAACUCAAUGGAUGCA